AGAUAUGUUAGAUAAUAAAGGCUCAUUAGAAUAUCUCCCAAUCUAUUCAUUCCUUUUUUCGAAUGAAAAAAGCUCUAGCCUAUUUAACGCUUUUGACCGAAAUGAAGUGGAAGAUAAAUUGGUUAUUAAAAUUGAUCAAGUUGAUCGAGCCCCAAAGUUUUCCAUUGCAGAUGACAUUUCAGUAGUAUAUGGUUUACCCAGAAUUCACAAAUGUAUUAAUGGCCAAAAGCCUUUAAGAGCUGUGAUUGAUAUAGAUGCAUCAAAAAAAGAUAUGGAAACAGCUAAUGUUAAGGGACAGGAAGUAUUUAUUCGAAUCUGUUGCUCUUUCAUAAGAGGUUUAUAUCAAAUUCUUGACUGUGGUUGGAAAGAUAUUCUCAAAGGGUUAGUAAUUGCUACGUCUUCAUAUCCUAGUAAAUGCAGUUAUCAUAUUUUAUAUGCACCAAUUCUACUUAUUGAUCAUCAUGAGCUCAAAGCAUUCACUGAAUUAGUAUAUACCAUAACAGGUGAAAAAUAUGAUAAUGGGUGGAACGAGCUUGAUCAUACUAGAGUUCAACCACCUAUUAGUUUGUGUCUUGAACAUUCUAUCUAUCUUAAGGAUUGGACUAUCGAAGAAAAGAAAGAGACGAAAGAAAACUUCGUAUAUUUUAACUGGAAAGGUCCACUAGAAUGCCCACUAUGUAAACGUAGUGAUGAACCUGAGAAAGUUUUUGAAUGUGACCCAUCUAUCACAGAAAAAAUUAGACAAGAAAAUAAAAAAUCAUUUUCAUCGCCUAGCAUUCACAAGAUAAAAGGCCCAGCGACAGAAACAUAUGAGGAGAUAUAUGUGAGACCACUACCUGACGAAGGGGAUAUUUAUGUAGGCUCAUCCUGGGAAACUGGAAAAACAUAUAUUCUCAAACAUCUUACUAUAUCCGAUAAUGUGAAUUUGCUAGUAUUAUCCACACGAUACUCUUACUCGAAUGCUGUUACUACUAGACUCAAUCUCAAAUCAUAUUGUGAUAUUAAUGGAAAUAUAAAUCUAUCUGAUCACAAGAGGGUAGUAUGCCAGAUAGAAAGCUUACAUCGUAUUACCAAUAAUU